AUGGAUGCAUCUACUUUAGAUCACAAAAUGUCGUACCCUGAAUUUGGCCUUCGAAACAAAUAUCUCGAGGAUGUCAACGACGAUUUUCUCUACCAUUUUGGCAUAGGAAUCAAGACUGUUGAUAUACCGAAAGUAUUCGGUGACACAAAAGUAAGAGCUUUGCAGAUUAUUAAGCUUGUUACGGGAUAAAA